AUGUCAAGUACCAAUGGAUCACCAAGUUUUUAUAUCGAUGGUUAUAUUAGAGAUUUAAUGUCAAUAAAAGCAUCAACAAAAUCCUCAAUAAAAGCACAAAGUUUAUUAACAUCAUCACCAUUUGGAGGAUUAAAUCAAAGUGAAGUUAAACCAAAUAAAGAUGUAUUUAAAUGCCCAGACGAUUCAAAGAAUUGGACAAGAAUUAAUAUAGUAAAAGAAAGUAAAAAGAAAAUUGAAAAGAAAGAUCAAACCAUAUUUACAUUUCGAAGAAGAAAACCAGCAUUAUUUCAAUAUAAAUACUAUAAAGAUCAAGAGCCUUUAAAGAUUACUGAGCAAGAAAUUGUGCAAGUUGUCAGAGUUAUUAUAAAUCCAGCUACACCACAGGAUCGUUCAAUUGCCACCAAAAUUUUUAUUAAAAUUAUACUAGAUAUCUAUUGUAAAGAUGGUUUAGUGGUCCAAAGUAGUGAAAAAUUAAUAUCAAGUUAUUUCCAUCAAUUCAUAUCAAGCACAAAUAGAGACACCAGGGCUCAUACAUUUAACAUAUUAUUUAAUCUCUCCAUUCACAUAAACCUUUACUCUGAAUUAAAAUUAGAAGAUGGCGGCAAUAUUCAAACUACAAAUAGCAGUGGCGGCUUGUCAAUGAUUAGAGAUCUCCAGGAAAGUGUUUUUAGAAUUUUGGUUGAAAUGGUACAACAUUUAAUAGAUUUUAAAGAAAGAGACGAAAGAACUUGGCAAGAAGCAUUAAAUUGUAUUCUUUUCUUUAUCACUGAAGAGGGUUAUGUUAUCAAAGAAAAAUUAUUCCAAUUAAAUUCUCAAAUGAUUGCAAGUUUUUUAUUAUAUAUUCAAGAUUUAAAUGAUAAUGUUAAAAGAAUUUUAGUAAGAAUGCUAACAAACUUUUUAUAUAAGGAUCCAAUUUGUAAUCAAAUUAAUUAUCAAAACAACUAUUUAAAUUUAAAUGAAGAGGAGGUUAAUAAUGUUGGUGGUAUCAAUUUUAUUUUGCAGUUAUAUACAACUGUUAGAUCAAGCGAAUCCAAGAAUAAUUUAUUUGUAAUAAUAUUCGAUUAUGUUUUACUUACAGCCUUAAAAACUCAAACUAUUGAACAAUCACAAAUCAUCAAUGAAUCACCAUUGCUUCUAGAACUGUUUAGAAAAUCUGAUGCUUCACAUUAUUUCACCCAAAUUUUUAAAUGUAUACCCGAACAUGGUUUUAUUUCAAAGUUCUUUUUGUACACCUCUGAAGAAGCCAAGCAUGACUCAUCAUAUUCUUACGAAGAUCUAAUUAUCAAAUUUACAAUGAAGUUAGAGGAAUUUGCAACACGUUAUCAAUCAAUCGAUUCAAACUAUGAAAAGUUAAUUUUAGAUUGCCAAGAAGUCCCAGAGAGAUUAAACCAAUUAAUCAAUGAUACAUUAAAUAAUGAAGAUGACGAAGUUUCUUUAUUCUAUGCAGAGAAUUGGUUAUUUUUAUUAUUAAAGAAAUCAUUAAUUGAUAAAGAAUCAAAUCCACAAUUUAAUUUUUCAAUCAAUACAUAUAUUCAAUUGGCUUCAAAUUUAAGUAGUAGAUUAAGAAGAAUGUAUAUUUCAUUAACAGAAAGAUUAUUAUUAUUAUCAAAGUUUAGAUUAUCUACAAGUGAAACAAAAACUAUAGAGAUUUUCGAUAUGUUUAAUGAUAGAUUUACAAAACUAAUUUCUCAAGGUGAAAAAUCAGAAAAUAAUUUAAUGUAUAUAGUAGAUAUUUUAUUUGAUAUGAUUUACAAACGAGCAGGUACAGGUUUAUUACGUUCAAAAGAAUCAGUUCCAGAUACCAACUACUCAUUAUUUUUAUCCAAUCAAUUUGUGGUUUCAAUUUCAUUACUUAAAUUAUUCAAUAUCAAUAUCAUUCAAUAUCUUUUCAACAAUCUCCAACACUCAGAAAACACAAAAGAACAAAGAUUAUUCCUUUUACAUAUUUUAAUUCAACGUUGCAACGACGAAGAGGAUUUAAAGAAAGUUGGUGGGAUAAGUUUCUUUAAAAAUUUACUAAGCGAUCUCUCUACUCAAAUUGCAUAUCACGCCAGUUACUUUUUACUUACUCAAUUGGAAGCUGAAAGUCCUGAAGAAUAUCGAUCAAUUUUAACAAGAUUGCUAUCCAAAGCAAGAGAGAAUAAUGAUGAAAAUUUAAUUUCUAAUCCAUUUUUCCAAGUGCAAGGUAUUAUUGAAAUGACACAUAAAGCUUUGAAUAAUAGUAACAACAGUAUUCAAAAUCAUCAUCAUAGUCAUAGUCACAGUAACCAACAAUCCCAACAACAUACAUAAACAAUUAAAAUCUUAUUAAAUCAAUUUUUUAAAAAAAAAAUAAACUAAAAAUUAUAAAAAAUAAAUAGUAGAUAUUCUACCUCCUAUAAUAAAUUU